GCAGAUAAUGAAACUCUUCUGUAACUAUUAUAAGCUAGGGAAAGAUAUAUAUAUCGAUCAACAAUUCCGUACUAUACCAAAAUUGGAACAUAGAGUAAUAACAUCCCAACCUUUCUCUCGCUUCUUGUUAUGUUGUCUUCCUUUACUCGCCCUUAAUAUCACCCGCCAGCGUUCCACAAGAAAUAAAGCGAUCAAGCCUCCAAGCAAGAGACUGGCCCAUCGACUGCGGCCUGCUUCGCGCAGAAUGUAUCUUCCUCCACCUAGCUUUGUUUACAGUCUUGUUCUUGUCCUUGCCCUUCUUCAAGUCUUGAUAAAUGACCUCCUCUUCUUCCCAGGUAUGAGAGAGUAUUGCGUAAGCAGGGGCUUCGCUGCUGAUGAAUUCGCGAAAGACAAUCUCGCUGUCAGGUUUGCAUUGCAAGAGGCGUAUACGAGAUAUGGUGGAGGUUCGCGAGCGAUCUCGUGGCAAGAGCGACUCGUAUCACUACUUCAGCGAGUUGGUACAGCACUGCGAUUAAGAAUUAGAUGUUGAAGACCUGAGCGCGAGAAGGAUAUUCCAGGUGUGGUCGUAGGUGCCUAUGAGGCUCUAUCGUGGCAUAACCUGGCCAGUUGGAAGAGCGGUAAGAUGCUGUAGGUGGGAAUUAAGGGGACAGGACGGUCAUGAAGCAUCAACGGUCGCUGAAAGACGGACUGCUUCGCACAGGCUACUUUUUGCUCUGCUCGGAGGAUGUCAG